AGGAGAAUGUUUCCAACGCUGAGAAUAUCGUUUAGCGGAGUGGAGAGCCACACCAAAUAUGCAGUGCUACUGGAUAUCGUGCCCAUAGACAAUAAGAGGUAUCGUUAUGCCUAUCAUCGAUCAUCGUGGCUAGUGGCAGGCAAAGCAGAUCCCCCCUCUCCUGCUCGCCUCUACCUCCAUCCCGACUCUCCUUUCACAGGAGACCAACUUCGCAAGCAAGUUGUGUCUUUUGAGAAAGUAAAACUGACAAAUAAUGAGAUGGAUAAACAAGGGCAUAUAGUGCUUAACUCAAUGCACAAGUACCAGCCAAGAAUCCAUCUCAUCCGACUUCGAUCCGAUAGUUCGAGUCCGCCCUUGAUUACCGACUUGGAAGCAGAAUUAUAUAGAACUUAUAUCUUCCCAGAAACGGUUUUUACUGCAGUUACAGCAUAUCAAAAUCAACUGAUUACAAAGUUAAAAAUCGACAGUAAUCCAUUUGCCAAAGGUUUUCGAGAUUCUUCACGACUCACUGAUCUGGAGAGGGAAUCCGUUGAAACUUUAUUAAGAGAACAUGCUUUUCGACAUUCUCCGUUUAGAGCUUUGGUCACUGGAGAUUUAACUGCUGAACCUACUUUGGCAGGGACUUCAGGAUUGACUCGUCUCCCAACUAACAGCGAGUUACUUCUAAUGGCCAGUCAAGGAGCGGUACCUUGGAAAUUUCCUCAUGUGCCUGCAUUAAGUGUAGCCGAUUUGUCAUCAAUAAUGUCAUCCCAUCCCCAAACUGCUGCUAAUUUUGCUAGCUUCUAUUUUGGACUUCCUCGGACAUUUAUUCCACCUUUAUCGUUAUUAAAUACUAACAACGGAUCCUCUCCUACAGAACCAGGAACAUCGUCGUCGUCGGGUACAUAUAACAGAUCUUAUCCUGGUCUUCCAACAGGAUCAAAUUUGUACGCAUCUCGUUUACAUCUAGGAGGGAUUUAUCCUGGACUAAGGUUUCAUCCUUAUCUACAACCUCGACUUUUACAACCGUCUUCUUCCAAAUCUUCUUUAGAUUCCUCCGAAUGCGAUGGACUAGCGCCUCAAGUUUGAUCUUAGAGUUCCUAGAGGCGUCAUUAAUCUUCCUGGAUUAUGGAUAUUUGUAUAUUUGAAACGACAUUCCAGUAAAAUCGAUUGUACAUAUAUAUAAAUAUAUACAGUAUAUACUAGAGGGUUUGGUGAUUUUUGGCAGGAAUGGUCCUCCGGUUAAGCUUCUUUGCAUAGCUCACACUAGUCCAGGUUUAUCGCGUUUGUGAACUUUGAAAAAGUGCAAUAUGGUGUUGGAAUUUAUUUUAAAAUAUUAAAACACUGGUACAUAUCUUAAAUGAUUUUUUUUUAUCUCGUGAAAAUUCUAUCUUAUCCAAAUUGUACAUAGGCCUAUAUAUAAUUUUCUUCUUUAAGAAUUGUAAUGCUUACUACCUCACUUCUCUGACAUAUCCCUCAAAACAUUUGAAGGAAAUUUUGGUUAGAAUUGUAUUGUUUCACAAACAGAAAGACAAAAAAAAAAGUUAAAUUAAAAAAAAUUAUUCAAGUUUAAU